GAAAUGUACUCUACCAAUGUCUCACAGUUUUACAGGAGAUCAUAUUUAGAGAGGACUCGGAGAAGGGAGAAGUGGGCGUGGCUCAGCGGAGUUGUUUUGGUGUUCAGGGGAGCUGCUUCCUCUCCUCUCUAACUGAAGCUCAGAGUCCCACAGCCGCUGACCCCUUACAGCAGGCCUAUGCAGGAGUCCAGCAGUACGCAGCAGCCUACCCUGCUGCAUACGGACAGAUCAGCCAGGCCUUCCCCCAGCCUCCCCCCCCUCAUCCCACAGCAACAGAGAGAAGGGCCGGAGGGGUGUAACCUGUUUAUCUACCACCUCCCUCAGGAGUUUGGAGACGGCGAGCUCAUGCAGUCCUUCCUGCCUUUCGGUAAUGUCAUCUCCUCCAAAGUGUUUGUGGAUCGGGCGACAAACCAAAGUAAAUGCUUUGGUUUCGUCAGCUUCGAUAACCCCGCCAGCGCCCAGGCGGCCAUCCAAUCAAUGAACGGCUUUCAGAUCGGCAUGAAGCGCCUAAAGGUGCAGCUGAAGAGGCCGAAGGACGCUAACCGCCCCUACUAGCCCCGCCCCC